CCAUCAGAGACGUUGUGGCUUGUACGCUAUGCCGGGGCCACUAGGCCCGCAGCGUCUGUCUUUUGCUGGCGGCUUCAUACAGACAUGGUGCUGUGGGACCUCGUAUUAUACACUGCUCGCAUAUUGCCGGCUUCACUGUUUGAUGUCCGCUUCAUCAAUCGCAUGACGUCAUACAUCGCAUCACAAGCAUGUUCCGGGGAUCAAUUAGAGAGCCACGUUCUAGAAUGGCUCCACUGGUAUCUUCAGUUUGGUUGCAUCCACUGCUUAUUGGUAUGGCUUGCUCGAAUUUUUUCACUGGUUAUUAAGAAACACUCAAGGCGCUUGUUUUACUCCACCUGUUUCGGCCGUCGCGGUCCUAUCAAAGUUUGUGGGCCGAAACCGUCCUCUAUCGCUGUAUAUUAUCUCUUAUAUAACCUAAAAUCGUCUUUUUGUUGCAGUAGUAUUUGGGGGACUUCCGAAGCUAAUUUCACAAAUCUCUCGAUGACCAUGCCCUUGAGAUUGGGGAUGCCAUGAAGACCUCUCGACAUUGUUAUGAAAGCCAAGAAACACGGAUUUGAUGCACCAUCUCCCCGACAUUAUUCAUUUGUUCUGGUGCCAACAUGAAAAGUCUGACCUGCGACGUUCUAGGGCACUCGCUUUCAUAUGCCCUGGUAUAUUCAUGCAUUGUUACUCAGUGCGUCA